AUCUCAGUCCUUUCUUUCUCUGUCUGAUGGGCUUGUUUUCUCGACAUCAUUCAGCAUCAAAGGCAGGAAACUAAUAGGAAACGGGUGAUUUUUCUUCUUCUUUUUUUUUCUUUCUUCAUGAGAUCAUUUGUUCCAACAGUGAAAUUUUCACAUGUGCACUAUCCCACAUUUGUAAUCCUUGCACAGCAAAUCCUCUGGACUGGUUCCUGCUGAGACGCAAGAGAUAGAAAGAGAAGCCUGCAUCAGAACAAGCCAGCAACAUCACAGCAACAUCCUCCUCUGCUGCAGAUUAUUUUUGUCUGGAAGUUGUUGUUUUUUUCUUUUAAAGUGCAGGACUGCUCCGGGACAGACGGAGAAGAUGGGAUACCCGGGCAGAGGAUGGAGAGGACGGAGUCUCCUGGUUUGGUUCACUGCUCUCACCCUGCUGCUGGCCGAGGGACGGAGAAUGAGACAGUCCAGAUGCCCCUCUGGGUGCACCUGCACGAAAGACAAUGCCCUGUGUGAGAAUGUCCGAUUGGUGCCUCACACCUUCCCAUCAGACGUCGUCUCACUAUCUUUUGUCAAGUCUGGAUUUAAUGAAAUCACAGGAGGAAGCUUUGUUCACACACCUAACCUACAACUCCUGUUGUUCACGGCUAACUCGUUUGACCUAAUCGAUGAAGAUGCCUUUCAGGGGUUAGCACACCUUGAAUACUUAUUCAUUGAAAACAACAGAAUCGCAUCAAUAUCUCCGUAUGCUUUCCGGGGCCUGAAGGUUCUCAUACAUCUGAGUCUGGCUUACAACAACUUGGAAACACUACCUAAAGAUGUUUUCAAGGGCAUGGAUGCUUUGACCAAAGUAGAUCUGAGAGGCAACAAUCUGAUUUGUGAUUGCAAGAUGAAGUGGUUGGUGGAGUGGAUGCAUCACACCAAUGCCACCCUGGAUGAAAUCUUCUGCAGCGGCCCACCCGUUCACCAAGGGAAGAAGAUCAACGACCUGCACCCACACUCUUUUGACUGCAUCAUGACGGAGUUUGCUUCCUAUCAGCUGCUGAAGUUUGAGUCCAUUUCAGUGGAGGCCUUCACCUUUGGAAAUGAGGAGUACGUUGUGUUCGCUCAGCCCUUUGCUGGAACCUGCAGCUUCCUGGAAUGGGAUCAUGUUGAGAUGACUUUCAGAACUUAUGACACUAUUGAAAGCACCUCCACUGUUGUCUGCAAGCCAAUGGUGAUUGAUAACCACCUCUUCAUCAUGGUGGCCCAGUUGUUUGGAGGCUCACACAUUUACAAACGUGACUCCUCCGCCAACAAGUUCAUCAAGAUCCAAGAUAUUGACAUCCUGAGGAUCCGCAAACCCAAUGAUAUAGAGACAUUUGUGAUUGAUGGAGAGUCUUUCUUUGUCAUCGCUGACAGCUCUAAGGCUGGCUCCACAACUGUGUACAAAUGGAACGGCAUUGGUUUCUAUUUUCACCAGUCCCUUCACCCAUGGUACAGGGACACCGAUGUCGAAUACCUGGAGAUCUCCAACAAGCCCCACCUGAUUUUGUCCAGCAGCUCUCAGAGGCCAGUCGUGUACCAGUGGAACCGUAGCCAGAAAAAGUUUGACCGCAGGACUGACAUACCGGAUAUGGAGGACGUUUUCUCUGUCAAACACUUUCGGGUCAAAGGUGAUCUCUUCAUAUGCUUGACAAGAUUCAUCGGGGACUCCCGGGUGAUGCGCUGGGACGGUGCCAUGUUCAAAGAGGUCCAGACAUUUCCCUCCCGCGGCUCCAUGGUGUUCCAGCCCGUCUCUGUCGGUAAAUGGCAGUACGCCAUCUUGGGCAGCGAUUAUUCACUGACGCAGGUCUACCAAUGGGAUACUAAGAGAGGCCAGUUUGUCCCAUCUCAGGAGCUCAGCAUUCAGGCGCCUCGGGGGUUUUCUGUGGUCUCCGUUGACAACCGAGCGUUUCUGUUCGCAUCCAGCUUCAAGGGAAAAACUCAGAUAUACGAGCACAUUAUGAUUGAUUUGAGUGAAUAAAGUCAUAGUGUGUAUGGGACAGUUGUCUCAAAGAUUUAAUUUGAUAAGUCAGACACGUCAUAAUGUCUAUGUGCUGUUUUUCACUGUCCCUUAUAAUUAACAGCCUGUUAUAACUAUUUGAUAAGACCUUUAUGUUGGCAUUCUUGGUUUUAUCUA